CUCUCCUGGGCACCACUGUUUGCUGGUCUGGCAGCCAGGGGUCCGGGUAGGGCCCUCCCUGGGCCAUGGGGACAGAAAGCCAGAUGGAGGGGUGUCCAAUGUUGUGGGGCAGAAUUACAAGAUGUGGCCCUGUGGCUUUGGGUGACAGGUCUGCAGUCGAAGCAGGGUGCAAUGCAUGCUGAGUUUGUUAGAUGUGGGGUUUUAUGUAUGUUUUAUACCAGCAUGUGUUUUGUUGCACGUUAUGUUUCUCAUGCUGCACAUAUAAACUAUUUAUGAACUGUUGUUUUCUGCAUAGCUGGCGUGGUGUAAGUGCUGUGGAGGGUACCAGAGUGCAGAGUGUGUGUACCCAUGUGGAGGGGGCAGUUGUGUACCUUUGAGUGGGAAGGUGUCACGUCUGGGUCGCAUUUCUGUGGCCCUGCUGAGUUGUGGUCCAGUCUUCGUGAGGAUGGCCGGCUAGGUGGGUUUGUGUAUCUGUGGGAGGAGUGAGUUGCAUUGGGGGGUGCACAUCUAGAACUCAGGUCCCUUGGAUCAUAUGGGAAGCGAGAAACCCCAGGGUGUGUCUCAGGUACUUGUAUGGCAGCUGGCACUGGUGUGAGGGGCUCUGGCUGGAAUGUGCAGGUUGUGUUUAUGGGAUGGUGGGCAGCUGAGCGAGGGAAAGGUUGUGUGUUUGCAACAUUCUCUCCAGGAUUCUUUUGUGACGUUGUUUGUGGGAGCCUGUCCGUGCUGUUGGGCUGGGAGGCGAGCUGGUCAGAAAACACUUGUGGGGAGGGAGGUGGCGUGACAAGGGCAAUGUGGGCCUCAGACUGGAGAUCCGCGCAAGCUGUGUGUGCGUGCCUGCCUUCUGUGUGUUUAAGUGGCCGUGUGGGGCUGCUGUGGGGAUAUGUUAUGAAGAAGGCAGAGAGAUAAAUAUGGGGCAGAGCAAGGGCAGCCGGCGGGAGGCCUGGGUGUUGUCGUGGUGGCCCAGCUAGUCUUUGUGCAGGGUCUGUGUGCUUGCCCCUCACCGGCCUGCCCAGCAUGUCAGGGUCACCGGGAGGAGAGGCCUGGCGGCUGCAAGGAAACUGAGCUUGGACAGACUGGCUCCUUGGCCAUGUUUACGUAAAGGCCGGGUGUGACUCUUGUCACUGAAAUGGAAAAAAGAAACACGAAGUUUUCAGUCUCCUCCUCCUGCUUCACCCUCUCUCUGCCCCCCUUACGGGUAUCUCUGCUUUUCCGUCUCUUCUGUGACGCACACUGGGCCACUCCUGCAACUGUGGAAGGGUCUGGGAACAGAAUUCGCUCACUAGGCAGAUUCCUCAGAACAGGUUUUCCUCACCUUUGGGGCCUGGGCUGUUUUGUAGAUGUGUGUGUGCAUGUAGGGGUGAGUGGUAUGCGUGCUCCAAGUGUGCAUGCCACUGUGGACUGCGCGUGGCCUGGCUGGAAGGGCGGAUAUGCAUGGGGGUCGGAGAGGGCACUAUGGUGGGGCCCUCCUGCUUGAGGGGUGCUGGCUGCUGGGUGAGGCCUGCACAACAGGUGCACGACGGCCUGGUGGAGGGGAAGGAGGCCUAGACUAGAACUGAAGAGUUCUGGCCCUCCCACUUCCUCACUGGCGCUUGCCCUGAGUGAGCCUCAGUUCCUCAUCUGUAAAAUGGGGCUAAUUACAUGCCUUGCCUAUCUUCCAACAGGGUAGUAAGUAAGUACCACAUGGGAAGUGUACCUGGAAAGUAGCUACAGUUGGGGGCUAUGCCUGUGCCAGCCACUGUUAGCCCUCUGCCAGCACGGAGCCCUGUCUCAGGGCUUGGCUAAUAACAAUAGCAGUAAACACUCAUUAGCACUUGCUAUGUACCAGGCACUAUUCUCAGUGCUUUUACAUAUGAUCACUCAUUUAGUCUUCGCAACGCCCUGUGGAAGUAGAUGUUCUCAUUACUUCUCUUUUUCAGACGAGACAGCUGAGGCCCAGAGAAAUAAUUUGCCCAAAGCCACUUAGCUAGUAAGAGGUAAAGGUGGAUUUGAACCCAGGCAGUCAGGUUCCAGAUCCUGUGCCCUUAUAUACUGUCCUCUGCUGCCCUUCUGAAGCUUUCUGUGCACCUCCACUACACACACACGCACACACACACACUUCUCCCCAAUCUCUGCAGAACUUAGCACCUGCGCCCGGCUAUUUUAGAAGACCAGUGUGCUCAGACAGUGACUCAGGGCGUCCCAGCCUGGGGAGUGAGAACCUAAUAUCUGCUGCUGAGUGGUGGCCAUCGGGGCAACAAAUGUUGAUGAGCCAGGCGAAGGAGAGCUUGUCCUUGCCCUGUGGGUCAGGGAGGGCCAAGAGGGAGGUGACAUUUGAAUUAGAUUUUCACACUUUGGAGGGAUUUGGGGAAGAGGUUGGGGAAAGGUUGCGUUUCUGGCAGGAGAACCAGGAUAGGCAAAGGCAUGAGGGUGUGGGACACAUGAGGUUCAAGAGCACACCGGGUGCUUGAAGGGAGGCUGACACCAGGCAAGACUAGAAAGGAAGAUUGGAGCUAGACUCUUGAAUGGCUGGCUGAGGAAUUCAAACUUUAUUCUGGAGUGAGUGGGGACCAGUGAAGGUUUCUGAGCCCAGGAGUGAUACCACCUGAGCUGCCCUGGGGAAGCUGGCCCUCAGUGAGAGGAAGGCUGGAUGGUGGAAGAUAAGCCUGGAGGCAGGGGAAUGGCUGAGGCCAUGGCCUUGGACCCUGUGAGUGUUAACAAGGCCCUGAGCUAGUGUAGGGGCCAGAGGCGGGUUGAAGGGAAGGCUUCCAGAGCCAUUCCAAGCUAGGCUGCAGAUUCGACCAGACUUGGUGACCGCUAGAUGUGGGGAGCGAGGGAAAGGGCGGAGUCAGACACGACACAGUUUGCACCUAGUGCGGAGACCUCGCGUGGUGAUUUCUGUAACCGCUGGCUGGCCAUAGGCCCCGUCAGGGGACAGUCCGGCGUUGUGGAGAGGAAAAGACUCAGCAUCUGGGUUCACACAGGCCUGGAUUUGAAUUUUGACUCUGCUGCUCACAAGCUGUGUGACUUUGAGCAAGAAGGAAGAGGCCCUGCAGAAGAGACUCGCUGAGCCACCCCCGCUCCACUCCAUGUUGGCUGUGCUCUCAGGCUGGCGCCAUGCCCCCCCCUGCAGAGGUGACGGAUCCGUCCCAUGCCCCCGCCGUCCUGCGCCAGCUCAAUGAGCAGCGUCUCCGUGGCCUCUUCUGUGACGUCACCCUCAUAGCCGGAGACACCAAGUUCCCUGCUCACCGCAGUGUCCUGGCUGCUUCUAGUCCCUUCUUCAGAGAGGCCCUGCUCGCUUCAGCCCCACUGCCCCUCCCACCAGUUACUGGGAGCUCAGCCCCCAACCCUGCCACCACCACAGCUGCCUCCUCCUCCUCCUCCUCCUCCUCCUCUUCCUCCUCCUCUUCCUCUUCCUCCUCCUCCUCCUCCUCUUCCUCUUCCUCCUCCUCCUCCUCUUCCUCCUCCUCUUCUUCUCCUCCAGCCUCACCCCCUGCUUCAUCCCCACCCCGAGUCCUGGAGCUGCCAGGAGUCCCAGCAGCCGCCUUCUCUGAUGUCCUCAAUUUCAUCUACAGUGCCCGGCUUGCACUACCUGGCGGUGGAGGGGACGGGGCAGCUGUGGCAGAGAUCGGAGCUCUGGGGCGGCGUCUGGGCAUAUCCCGCCUGCAGGGCCUGGGGGAGGGAGGUGAUGCCUGGGUACCUCCUGCCCCAGCCCCCAUGGCCACCUCGCAGCCUGAAGAGGACAGCUUCGGGCCUGGGCCUAGGCCAGCUGGAGAAUGGGAGAGUGACAGGGCUGAGGCCCAGGCUCCGGACUCACAGCCCCCCCUGCCCCGGCGGCCCCUCCCCUGCCCCCGAUGUGGGAAAAGCUUCAUCCAUCCCAAGCGGCUACAGACCCAUGAGGCACAGUGCCGACGGGGGGCCAGCACUCGGGGGUCUGCAGGGCUGGGAGCAGGCGGCUCUGGCCCCAGUGGUCCUGCAGGAGUGGAUGCCUCAGCCCUGCCCCCACCAGUGGGCUUCCAUGGUGGCCCAGAGCACGUGGUGAAGGUGGUGGGUGGCCACGUGCUAUAUGUGUGCGCGGCCUGUGAGCGUUCCUACGUGACCCUGUCCAGCCUGAAGCGGCACAGUAAUGUACACUCGUGGCGGAGGAAGUACCCCUGCCGCUAUUGUGAGAAGGUGUUCGCCCUGGCUGAGUACCGCACCAAGCACGAGGUGUGGCACACCGGGGAACGCAGGUACCAGUGCAUCUUCUGCUGGGAGACCUUUGUCACUUAUUAUAACCUGAAGACCCACCAGCGAGCCUUCCAUGGCAUUAGCCCGGGCCUCCUGGCCAGUGAGAAGACACCCAAUGGAGGCUAUAAGCCCAAGCUCAAUACCCUCAAGCUGUACCGCCUGCUCCCCAUGCGGGCAGCCAAGCGGCCCUACAAGACCUACAGCCAGGGAGCCCCCGAAGCCCCCCUUUCUCCAAGCCUCAACACACCGGCCCCUGCAGCAAUGCCAGCCAGCCCACCACCUGGACCCCCACCUGCCCCAGAGCCUGGCCCUCCACCCUCUGUCAUCACUUUUGCCCACCCAGCUCCAUCUGUCAUUGUUCAUGGGGGCAGUAGCAGUGGUGGAACAGGGAGUGGGCCAGCCAGCACAGCGGGGGCCCAAGCCGCCUCGGUCAUCACUUACACUGCUCCCCCAAGGCCUCCCAAAAAACGUGAGUACCCACCUCCUCCCCCCGAGCCUGCAGCUACACCAGCAAGCGUAGCCACAGCAGUCAGCCCAGCAACAGCCGCAGGGCCCGCCACAGCCACAGAGGAGGCCAAGGGCCGGAACCCACGGGCUGGAAGGACUCUGACAUACACGGCCAAGCCAGCUGGUGGGAUUGGUGGGGGCGGGGGUCCCCCUGCAGGCCCUGGCCGGGGCCCCUCUCAGCUACAGGCUCCACCUCCACUGUGUCAGAUCACUGUGCGAAUCGGUGAGGAGGCCAUUGUCAAGCGCCGCAUCUCAGAAACUGACCUGCGUCCUGGGGAGCUGAGCGGAGAGGAGGUGGAGGAGAGUGAGGAGGAGGACGAAGAGGAGGACGAUGAUGAUGAUGAUGAGGAGGAGGAGGAGGAGGAGGAGGAGGAAUCAAAGGCUGGUGGGGAGGACCAGCUCUGGAGGCCCUACUACUCGUACAAGCCCAAGCGCAAGGCUGGAGCUGCAGGCACAGGCAGCACUGGGGGCAGCGGGAUGCCCAGAGGCCGCCGGCCGCCACGCUGGAGACAGAAGCUGGAACGGAGGAGCUGGGAUGAGACCCCCGCGGCCGAGGGCGCUGCAGGGCGUGCCCGUGGCGAGCGGAGGCACCGCUGCGGGGACUGUGCCCAGACAUUUGCCACUCUGAGGAAGCUGCGAAAGCACCAGGAGGCCCACAGUGGAGGUUCCCACGGCUCCCGGGCUGGACGUCGGCCUUCCACCCGCUUUGCCUGCCCUCACUGCGCCAAGGUGUGCAAGACGGCAGCCGCCCUGAGCCGCCACGGGCAGAGGCAUGCUGCUGAGCGGCCCGGGGGUACCCCCACACCUGUCAUUGCCUAUUCCAAGAGCAGCGCUGGCACCAGACCUGGGGAUGUCAAGGAGGAAGCCCCCCAAGAGAUGCAAGUCUCCUCAUCCAGCGGGGAGGCAGGUUGCGGGAGCGCUGCUGCUGAGGAAGCUUCCAAGACCGCCUCACUCCAGGACCCUGUCAUCUCGGGGGGUGAGGAGCCCCCAGUGGUGGCAGGAGCGGGCACCUAUGCAUACCCUCCUAUGCAGGAAUUUCCACUGGCUCUAAUUGGGAGUGGCCGGGAACCUGGCAGUGGCAGGGGAAAACCUGGGAGUGAGGGGCCAGUGGGGGCUGGGGAGGGAGACCGGAUGGAGGCGAUGGGGGCUGCCAAAGUCACCUUCUACCCCGAGCCCUACCCACUCGUCUAUGGCCCCCAGCUCCUUGCUGCCUACCCUUACAACUUCAGCAACUUGGCCGCUCUCCCGGUUGCUCUUAACAUGGUCCUACCUGAUGAGAAGGGAGGGGGGGCCCUUCCCUUCCUACCAGGGGUCUUUGGCUACGCAGUCAAUCCUCAAGCAGCACCCCCUACUCCCCCAACGCCACCCCCCCCAUCUCUCCCUCCACCAGUCCCCCCUAAGGGAGAAGGGGAAAGGGCAGGGGUUGAGAGAACCCAGAAGGGAGAUGUGGGGUGAGCUCUGGGCCCAGAUCUCCCCUUUCACCAGAUGCCACCCUCCCUGAACCCCCCGCCACUACCAGCUCCCUGGCUUCCCUGCCCCUUGGGAGUCCCUCCACACUCUUGUGCAGGGACGUGGGGGCCCCUGGAGCUCAGGGGUCAGGCUGCUUUGUGUGAGAUUGUAGUUUUCCCAUCUCCUGGGAAGGGAUCUUUGGUGGUUCCCCUCUCAGUUCUCCUCCAGGGAAUGGCCUCCAUGAGGGGCGGGGCCAGCUCCCAUCCCUUCUCCAGCCCUUGGGGCAACUGAGCAAUAUACUUAUAAGAAUCUCUACUCAUGGCCCCCACCAGCUCUGAAUGUCUAACCCUCCCCCCUAAUUCGUAAACCUAGGGGGAAACCAUCUCUCUCCCAUAGUGAUCCCCUCUCAUUCUGAAGCUUUCUCUAAGCCCUUCCCUAGAUGCUUCCUAGCACAUUCCAUUCUUCGUGGCCCAGGGCCUGGACCAGACCAUUGUGAUACCUGACCCCCCCCGGGCCCCC